AUGAAAAUUCCAUCAACGACAACAACAGAAGGUAUUACGUCAACUAAGCCACCAAAGGUUGAGACUACACCUGGUUCGACUACACUUCCAACAACUUCCUCAACAACCAAAAUUGCAGUAGACACGACCACAACAGGGCAACCAUCAACUUCAACAGAACUGACAACAGUUAAAACAUCUCUUGAACCAGUGACAGCUACUUUGCCUGUGAUAACACUGACAUCUAGGCCGACUACUGCCACCACCACAACAAAAACACCCACCACCACAGCUGAAGUUGAAACUACAACAGAGGAACUUGCCACAACAUCUACUAAACCACCAAGGGUUGAAACCACUGGGCCAACGACUGCAUCCACAACUACAGUUGCAGUAGAGACAACCUCAACAGAGAAACCAUCAACAUCAAGCUCAACUGCUGAGCCAAGCACAGAAACUUCAAGUCCUGUGGUAGUAACAUCAAUACCCACAACUGUUACCACAACAACAGGCAAGCCCACCACAACCGCUGUAUUUGAGACCACAACAGAAGGUAUUACGUCAACUAAGCCACCAAAGGUUGAGACUACACCUGGUUUGACUACACUGCCAACCACUUCCUCCACAACACAAAUUGCAGUAGACACGACUACAACCGGUAAACCAUCAACUACAACUGAAACACCUGCCCCAGGCACAGAAACCACACCUGAAGUUGUGAUUACAUCUAGGCCGACUACUGCCACAACCACAACAAAAGCACCCACCACCACAGCUGAAGUUGAAACUACAACAGAGGAACUUGCCACAACAUCUACUAAACCACCAAGGGUUGAAACCACUGGGCCAACGACUGCAUCCACAACUACAGUUGCAGUAGAGACAACCACAACAGAGAAACCAUCAACAUCAAGCUCAACUGCUGAGCCAAGCACAGAAACUUCAAGCCCUGUUGUAGUAACAUCAAUACCCACAACUGUUACCACAACAACAGGCAAGCCCACCACAACCGCUGUAUUUGAGACCACAACAGAAGGUAUUACGUCAACUAAGCCACCAAAGGUUGAGACUACAAUUGGUUCGACCACACUGCCAACCACUUCCUCAACAACACAAAUUGCAGUAGACACGACUACAACCAGUAAACACUCAACUACAACUGAAACACCUGCCCCAGGCACAGAAACCACACCUGAAGUUGUGAUUACAUCUAGGCCGACUACUGCCACAACCACAACAAAAGCACCCACCACCACAGCUGAAGUUGAAACUACAACAGAGGAACUUGCCACAACAUCUACUAAACCACCAAGGGUUGAAACCACUGGGCCAACGACUGCAUCCACAACUACAGUUGCAGUAGAGACAACCUCAACAGAGAAACCAUCAACAUCAAGCUCCACUGCUGAGCCAAGCACAGAAACUUCAAGUCCUGUUGUAGUAACAUCAAUACCCACAACUGUUACCACAACAACAGGCAAGCCCACCACAACCGCUGUAUUCGAGACCACAACAGAAGGUAUUACGUCAACUAAGCCACCAAAGGUUGAGACUACACCUGGUUUGACUACACUGCCAACCACUUCCUCCACAACACAAAUUGCAGUAGACACGACUACAACCGGUAAACCAUCAACUACAACUGAAACACCUGCCCCAGGCACAGAAACCACACCUGAAGUUGUGAUUACAUCUAGGCCGACUACUGCCACAACCACAACAAAAGCACCCACCACCACAGCUGAAGUUGAAACUACAACAGAGGAACUUGCCACAACAUCUACUAAACCACCAAGGGUUGAAACCACUGGGCCAACGACUGCAUCCACAACUACAGUUGCAGUAGAGACAACCUCAACAGAGAAACCAUCAACAUCAAGCUCAACUGCUGAGCCAAGCACAGAAACUUCAAGUCCUGUUGUAGUAACAUCAAUACCCACAACUGUUACCACAACAACAGGCAAGCCCACCACAACCGCUGUAUUUGAGACCACAACAGAAGGUAUUACGUCAACUAAGCCACCAAGGGUUGAGACUAACAAUUGGUUCGACCACACUGCCAACCACUUCCUCCACAACAAAAAUUGCAGUAGACACGACUACAACUGGCCGACUACUGCCACAACCACAACAAAAGCACCCACCACCACAGCUGAAGUUGAAACUACAACAGAGGAACUUGCCACAACAUCUACUAAACCACCAAGGGUUGAAACCACUGGGCCAACGACUGCAUCCACAACUACAGUUGCAGUAGAGACAACCUCAACAGAGAAACCAUCAACAUCAAGCUCAACUGCUGAGCCAAGCACAGAAACUUCAAGUCCUGUUGUAGUAACAUCAAUACCCACAACUGUUACCACAACAACAGCCAAGCCCACCACAACCGCUGUAUUUGAGACCACAACAGAAGGUAUUACGUCAACUAAGCCACCAAGGGUUGAGACUACAAUUGGUUCGACCACACUGCCAACCACUUCCUCAACAACACAAAUUGCAGUAGACACGACUACAACCGGUAAACCAUCAACUACAACUGAAACACCUGCCCCAGGCACAGAAACCACACCUGAAGUUGUGAUUACAUCUAGGCCGACUACUGCCACAACCACAACAAAAGCACCCACCACCACAGCUGAAGUUGAAACUACAACAGAGGAACUUGCCACAACAUCUACUAAACCACCAAGGGUUGAAACCACUGGGCCAACGACUGCAUCCACAACUACAGUUGCAGUAGAGACAACCACAACAGAGAAACCAUCAACAUCAAGCUCAACUGCUGAGCCAAGCACAGAAACUUCAAGCAAGCCCACCACAACCGUUGUAUUUGAGACCACAACAGAAGGUAUUACGUCAACUAAGCCACCAAAGGUUGAGACUACAAUUGGUUCGACCACACUGCCAACCACUUCCUCAACAACACAAAUUGCAGUAGACACGACUACAACCGGUAAACACUCAACUACAACUGAAACACCUGCCCCAGGCACAGAAACCACACCUGAAGUUGUGAUUACAUCUAGGCCGACUACUGCCACCACCACAACAAAAGCACCCACCACCACAGCUGAAGUUGAAACUACAACAGAGGAACUUGCCACAACAUCUACUAAACCACCAAGGGUUGAAACCACUGGGCCAACGACUGCAGCCACAACUACAGUUGCAGUAGAGACAACCUCAACAGAGAAACCAUCAACAUCAAGCUCAACUGCUGAGCCAAGCACAGAAACUUCAAGUCCUGUUGUAGUAACAUCAAUACCCACAACUGUUACCACAACAACAGGCAAGCCCACCACAACCGCUGUAUUUGAGACCACAACAGAAGGUAUUACGUCAACUAAGCCACCAAGGGUUGAGACUACAAUUGGUUCGACCACACUGCCAACCACUUCCUCCACAACACAAAUUGCAGUAGACACGACUACAACUGGUAAACCAUAUACUACAACUGAAACACCUGCCCCAGGCACAGAAACCACAGCUGAAGUUGUGAUUACAUCUAGGCCGACUACUGCCACAACCACAACAAAAGCACCCACCACCACAGCUGAAGUUGAAACUACAACAGAGGAACUUGCCACAACAUCUACUAAACCACCAAGGGUUGAAACCACUGGGCCAACGACUGCAUCCACAACUACAGUUGCAGUAGAGACAACCUCAACAGAGAAACCAUCAACAUCAAGCUCAACUGCUGAGCCAAGCACAGAAACUUCAAGUCCUGUUGUAGUAACAUCAAUACCCACAACUGUUACCACAACAACAGCCAAGCCCACCACAACCGCUGUAUUUGAGACCACAACAGAAGGUAUUACGUCAACUAAGCCACCAAAGGUUGAGACUACACCUGGUGUGACUACACUCCCAACAACUUCUUCAACAACCCAAAUUGCAGUAGACACGACCACAACAGGGGAACCAUCAACUUCAACAGAACUGACAACAGUUAAAACAUCUCUUGAACCAGUGACAGCUACUUUGCCUGUGAUAACACUGACAUCUAGGCCGACCACUGCCACCACCACAACAAAAGCACCCACCACCACAGCUGAAGUUGAAACUACAACAGAGGAACUUGCCACAACAUCUACUAAACCACCAAGGGUUGAAACCACUGGGCCAACGACUGCAUCCACAACUACAGUUGCAGUAGAGACAACCUCAACAGAGAAACCAUCAACAUCAAGCUCAACUGCUGAGCCAAGCACAGAAACUUCAAGUCCUGUUGUAGUAACAUCAAUACCCACAACUGUUACCACAACAACAGGCAAGCCCACCACAACCGCUGUAUUUGAGACCACAACAGAAGGUAUUACGUCAACUAAGCCACCAAAGGUUGAGACUACAAUUGGUUCGACCACACUGCCAACCACUUCCUCAACAACACAAAUUGCAGUAGACACGACUACAACCGGUAAACACUCAACUACAACUGAAACACCUGCCCCAGGCACAGAAACCACACCUGAAGUUGUGAUUACAUCUAGGCCGACUACUGCCACCACCACAACAAAAGCACCCACCACCACAGCUGAAGUUGAAACUACAACAGAGGAACUUGCCACAACAUCUACUAAACCACCAAGGGUUGAAACCACUGGGCCAACGACUGCAUCCACAACUACAGUUGCAGUAGAGACCAACCUCAACAGAGAAACCAUCAACCAUCAAGCUCAACUGCUGAGCCAAGCACAGAAAACUUCAAGUCCUGUUGUAGUAACAUCAAUACCCACAACUGUUACCACAACAACAGGCAAGCCCACCACAACCGCUGUAUUUGAGACCACAACAGAAGGUAUUACGUCAACUAAGCCACCAAGGGUUGAGACUACAAUUGGUUCGACCACACUGCCAACCACUUCCUCCACAACACAAAUUGCAGUAGACACGACUACAACCGGUAAACAUAUACUACAACUGAAAACACCUGCCCCAGGCACAGAAACCACAGCUGAAGUUGUGAUUACAUCUAGGCCGACUACUGCCACAACCACAACAAAAGCACCCACCACCACAGCUGAAGUUGAAACUACAACAGAGGAACUUGCCACAACAUCUACUAAACCACCAAGGGUUGAAACCACUGGGCCAACGACUGCAUCCACAACUACAGUUGCAGUAGAGACAACCUCAACAGAGAAACCAUCAACAUCAAGCUCAACUGCUGAGCCAAGCACAGAAACUUCAAGUCCUGUUGUAGUAACAUCAAUACCCACAACUGUUACCACAACAACAGCCAAGCCCACCACAACCGCUGUAUUUGAGACCACAACAGAAGGUAUUACGUCAACUAAGCCACCAAAGGUUGAGACUACACCUGUGACAGCUACUUUGCCUGUGAUAACACUGACAUCUAGGCCGACUACUGCCACCACCACAACAAAAGCACCCACCACCACAGCUGAAGUUGAAACUACAACAGAGGAACUUGCCACAACAUCUACUAAACCACCAAGGGUUGAAACCACUGGGCCAACGACUGCAUCCACAACUACAGUUGCAGUAGAGACAACCUCAACAGAGAAACCAUCAACAUCAAGCUCAACUGCUGGGCCAAGCACAGAAACUUCAAGUCCUGUUGUAGUAACAUCAAUACCCACAACUGUUACCACAACAACAGGCAAGCCAACCACAACCGCUGUAUUUGAGACCACAACAGAAGGUAUUACUUCAACUAAGCCACCAAGGGUUGAGACUACAAUUGGUUCGACGACACUACCAACCACUUCCUCAACAACACAAAUUGCAGUAGACACGACUACAACCGGUAAACCAUCAACUACAACUGAAACACCUGCCCCAGGCACAGAAACCACACCUGAAGUUGUGAUUACAUCUAGGCCGACUACUGCCACAACCACAACAAAAGCACCCACCACCACAGCUGAAGUUGAAACUACAACAGAGGAACUUGCCACAACAUCUACUAAACCACCAAGGGUUGAAACCACUGGGCCAACGACUGCAUCCACAACUACAGUUGCAGUAGAGACAACCUCAACAGAGAAACCAUCAACAUCAAGCUCAACUGCUGAGCCAAGCACAGAAACUUCAAGUCCUGUUGUAGUAACAUCAAUACCCACAACUGUUACCACAACAACAGGCAAGCCCACCACAACCGCUGUAUUUGAGACCACAACAGAAGGUAUUACGUCAACUAAGCCACCAAAGGUUGAGACUACAAUUGGUUCGACCACACUGCCAACCACUUCCUCAACAACACAAAUUGCAGUAGACACGACUACAACCAGUAAACACUCAACUACAACUGAAACACCUGCCCCAGGCACAGAAACCACACCUGAAGUUGUAAUUACAUCUAGGCCGACUACUGCCACAAUCACAACAAAAGCACCCACCACCACAGCUGAAGUUGAAACUACAACAGAGGAACUUGCCACAACAUCUACUAAACCACCAAGGGUUGAAACCACUGGGCCAACGACUGCAUCCACAACUACAGUUGCAGUAGAGACAACCUCAACAGAGAAACCAUCAACAUCAAGCUCCACUGCUGAGCCAAGCACAGAAACUUCAAGUCCUGUUGUAGUAACAUCAAUACCCACAACUGUUACCACAACAACAGGCAAGCCCACCACAACCGCUGUAUUCGAGACCACAACAGAAGGUAUUACGUCAACUAAGCCACCAAAGGUUGAGACUACACCUGGUUUGACUACACUGCCAACCACUUCCUCCACAACACAAAUUGCAGUAGACACGACUACAACCGGUAAACCAUCAACUACAACUGAAACACCUGCCCCAGGCACAGAAACCACACCUGAAGUUGUGAUUACAUCUAGGCCGACUACUGCCACAACCACAACAAAAGCACCCACCACCACAGCUGAAGUUGAAACUACAACAGAGGAACUUGCCACAACAUCUACUAAACCACCAAGGGUUGAAACCACUGGGCCAACGACUGCAUCCACAACUACAGUUGCAGUAGAGACAACCACAACAGAGAAACCAUCAACAUCAAGCUCAACUGCUGAGCCAAGCACAGAAACUUCAAGCAAGCCCACCACAACCGCUGUAUUUGAGACCACAACAGAAGGUAUUACGUCAACUAAGCCACCAAAGGUUGAGACUACAAUUGGUUCGACCACACUGCCAACCACUUCCUCAACAACACAAAUUGCAGUAGACACGACUACAACCGGUAAACCAUCAACUACAACUGAAACACCUGCCCCAGGCACAGAAACCACACCUGAAGUUGUGAUUACAUCUAGGCCGACUACUGCCACAACCACAACAAAAGCACCCACCACCACAGCUGAAGUUGAAACUACAACAGAGGAACUUGCCACAACAUCUACUAAACCACCAAGGGUUGAAACCACUGGGCCAACGACUGCAUCCACAACUACAGUUGCAGUAGAGACAACCUCAACAGAGAAACCAUCAACAUCAAGCUCAACUGCUGAGCCAAGCACAGAAACUUCAAGUCCUGUUGUAGUAACAUCAAUACCCACAACUGUUACCACAACAACAGGCAAGCCCACCACAACCGCUGUAUUUGAGACCACAACAGAAGGUAUUACGUCAACUAAGCCACCAAAGGUUGAGACUACAAUUGGUUCGACCACACUGCCAACCACUUCCUCAACAACACAAAUUGCAGUAGACACGACUACAACCGGUAAACCAUCAACUACAACUGAAACACCUGCCCCAGGCACAAAAACCACACCUGAAGUUGUGAUUACAUCUAGGCCGACUACUGCCACCACCACAACAAAAGCACCCACCACCACAGCUGAAGUUGAAACUACAACAGAGGAACUUGCCACAACAUCUACUAAACCACCAAGGGUUGAAACCACUGGGACAACGACUGCAUCCACAACUACAGUUGCAGUAGAGACAACCACAACAGAGAAACCAUCAACAUCAAGCUCAACUGCUGAGCCAAGCACAGAAACUUCAAGUCCUGUUGUAGUAACAUCAAUACCCACAACUGUUACCACAACAACAGUAGACACGACUACAACUGGUAAACCAUAUACUACAACUGAAACACCUGCCCCAGGCACAGAAACCACAGCUGAAGUUGUGAUUACAUCUAGGCCGACUACUGCCACAACCACAACAAAAGCACCCACCACCACAGCUGAAGUUGAAACUACAACAGAGGAACUUGCCACAACAUCUACUAAACCACCAAGGGUUGAAACCACUGGGCCAACGACUGCAUCCACAACUACAGUUGCAGUAGAGACAACCUCAACAGAGAAACCAUCAACAUCAAGCUCCACUGCUGAGCCAAGCACAGAAACUUCAAGUCCUGUUGUAGUAACAUCAAUACCCACAACUGUUACCACAACAACAGCCAAGCCCACCACAACCGCUGUAUUUGAGACCACAACAGAAGGUAUUACGUCAACUAAGCCACCAAAGGUUGAGACUACACCUGGUGUGACUACACUCCCAACAACUUCUUCAACAACCCAAAUUGCAGUAGACACGACCACAACAGGGGAACCAUCAACUUCAACAGAACUGACAACAGUUAAAACAUCUCUUGAACCAGUGACAGCUACUUUGCCUGUGAUAACACUGACAUCUAGGCCGACUACUGCCACCACCACAACAAAAGCACCCACCACCACAGCUGAAGUUGAAACUACAACAGAGGAACUUGCCACAACAUCUACUAAACCACCAAGGGUUGAAACCACUGGGCCAACGACUGCAUCCACAACUACAGUUGCAGUAGAGACAACCUCAACAGAGAAACCAUCAACAUCAAGCUCAACUGCUGGGCCAAGCACAGAAACUUCAAGUCCUGUUGUAGUAACAUCAAUACCCACAACUGUUACCACAACAACAGGCAAGCCCACCACAACCGCUGUAUUUGAGACCACAACAGAAGGUAUUACGUCAACUAAGCCACCAAGGGUUGAGACUACAAUUGGUUCGACCACACUGCCAACCACUUCCUCCACAACACAAAUUGCAGUAGACACGACUACAACCGGUAAACCAUCAACUACAACUGAAACACCUGCCCCAGGCACAGAAACCACACCUGAAGUUGUAAUUACAUCUAGGCCAACUACUGCCACAACCACAACAAAAGCACCCACCACCACAGCUGAAGUUGAAACUACAACAGAGGAACUUGCCACAACAUCUACUAAACCACCAAGGGUUGAAACCACUGGGCCAACGACUGCAUCCACAACUACAGUUGCAGUAGAGACUACCACAACAGAGAAACCAUCAACAUCAAGCUCAACUGCUGAGCCAAGCACAGAAACUUCAAGUCCUGUUGUAGUAACAUCAAUACCCACAACUGUUACCACAACAACAGGCAAGCCCACCACAACCGCUGUAUUUGAGACCACAACAGAAGGUAUUACGUCAACUAAGCCACCAAAGGUUGAGACUACAAUUGGUUCGACCACACUGCCAACCACUUCCUCAACAACACAAAUUGCAGUAGACACGACUACAACCGGUAAACACUCAACUACAACUGAAACACCUGCCCCAGGCACAGAAACCACACCUGAAGUUGUGAUUACAUCUAGGCCGACUACUGCCACCACCACAACAAAAGCACCCACCACCACAGCUCAAGUUGAAACUACAACAGAGGAACUUGCCACAACAUCUACUAAACCACCUAGGGUUGAAACUACUGGGCCAACGACUGCAUCCACAACUACAGUUGCAGUAGAGACUACCUCAACAGAGAAACCAUCAACAUCAAGCUCAACUGCUGAGCCAAGCACAGAAACUUCAAGUCCUGUUGUAGUAACAUCAAUACCCACAACUGUUACCACAACAACAGGCAAGCCCACCACAACCGCUGUAUUCGAGACCACAACAGAAGGUAUUACGUCAACUAAGCCACCAAAGGUUGAGACUACACCUGGUUUGACUACACUGCCAACCACUUCCUCCACAACACAAAUUGCAGUAGACACGACUACAACCGGUAAACCAUCAACUACAACUGAAACACCUGCCCCAGGCACAGAAACCACACCUGAAGUUGUGAUUACAUCUAGGCCGACUACUGCCACAACCACAACAAAAGCACCCACCACCACAGCUGAAGUUGAAACUACAACAGAGGAACUUGCCACAACAUCUACUAAACCACCAAGGGUUGAAACCACUGGGCCAACGACUGCAUCCACAACUACAGUUGCAGUAGAGACAACCACAACAGAGAAACCAUCAACAUCAAGCUCAACUGCUGAGCCAAGCACAGAAACUUCAAGUCCUGUUGUAGUAACAUCAAUACCCACAACUGUUACCACAACAACAGGCAAGCCCACCACAACCGCUGUAUUUGAGACCACAACAGAAGGUAUUACGUCAACUAAGCCACCAAGGGUUGAGACUACAAUUGGUUCGACCACACUGCCAACCACUUCCUCCACAACACAAAUUGCAGUAGACACGACUACAACUGGUAAACCAUAUACUACAACUGAAACACCUGCCCCAGGCACAGAAACCACAGCUGAAGUUGUGAUUACAUCUAGGCCGACUACUGCCACAACCACAACAAAAGCACCCACCACCACAGCUCAAGUUGAAACUACAACAGAGGAACUUGCCACAACAUCUACUAAACCACCAAGGGUUGAAACCACUGGGCCAACGACUGCAUCCACAACUACAGUUGCAGUAGAGACAACCUCAACAGAGAAACCAUCAACAUCAAGCUCAACUGCUGAGCCAAGCACAGAAACUUCAAGUCCUGUUGUAGUAACAUCAAUACCCACAACUGUUACCACAACAACAGGCAAGCCCACCACAACCGCUGUAUUUGAGACCACAACAGAAGGUAUUACGUCAACUAAGCCACCAAAGGUUGAGACUACAAUUGGUUCGACCACACUGCCAACCACUUCCUCAACAACACAAAUUGCAGUAGACACGACUACAACCGGUAAACCAUCAACUACAACUGAAACACCUGCCCCAGGCACAGAAACCACACCUGAAGUUGUGAUUACAUCUAGGCCGACUACUGCCACAACCACAACAAAAGCACCCACCACCACAGCUGAAGUUGAAACUACAACAGAGGAACUUGCCACAACAUCUACUAAACCACCAAGGGUUGAAACCACUGGGCCAACGACUGCAUCCACAACUACAGUUGCAGUAGAGACAACCUCAACAGAGAAACCAUCAACAUCAAGCUCAACUGCUGAGCCAAGCACAGAAACUUCAAGCCCUGUUGUAGUAACAUCAAUACCCACAACUGUUACCACAACAACAGGCAAGCCCACCACAACCGCUGUAUUUGAGACCACAACAGAAGGUAUUACGUCAACUAAGCCACCAAGGGUUGAGACUACAAUUGGUUCGACCACACUGCCAACCACUUCCUCAACAACACAAAUUGCAGUAGACACGACUACAACCGGUAAACCAUCAACUACAACUGAAACACCUGCCCCAGGCACAGAAACCACAGCUGAAGUUGUGAUUACAUCUAGGCCGACUACUGCCACAACCACAACAAAAGCACCCACCACCACAGCUGAAGUUGAAACUACAACAGAGGAACUUGCCACAACAUCUACUAAACCACCAAGGGUUGAAACCACUGGGCCAACGACUGCAUCCACAACUACAGUUGCAGUAGAGACUACCACAACAGAGAAACCAUCAACAUCAAGCUCAACUGCUGAGCCAAGCACAGAAACUUCAAGUCCUGUUGUAGUAACAUCAAUACCCACAACUGUUACCACAACAACAGCCAAGCCCACCACAACCGCUGUAUUUGAGACCACAACAGAAGGUAUUACGUCAACUAAGCCACCAAAGGUUGAGACUACAAUUGGUUCGACCACACUGCCAACCACUUCCUCAACAACACAAAUUGCAGUAGACACGACUACAACUGGUAAACCAUCAACUACAACUGAAACACCUGCCCCAGGCACAGAAACCACACCUGAAGUUGUGAUUACAUCUAGGCCGACUACUGCCACAACCACAACAAAAGCACCCACCACCACAGCUGAAGUUGAAACUACAACAGAGGAACUUGCCACAACAUCUACUAAACCACCAAGGGUUGAAACCACUGGGCCAACGACUGCAUCCACAACUACAGUUGCGGCAGUGACAACAUCUUUCCAAGUAGUCACAGGUACAUCGUCAACAAAACCCUCCAGUGAGUCUCAGGGUGUUUUGACAACAGAACUGACAACAGUUAAAACAUCUCUUGAACCAGUGACAGCUACUUUACCUGUGAUUACACUGACCACAUCACAGAUAACAAGUGAAUCUACAGAGGUUUUCACAACAUCAAUUGGUCCCAUCACACAAACUCUUGCAAACAUUACUGGCACAACACCACCAACGACAGUGACAAUUAAAGAGACAACCACAACCCUGGAACCAUCAACAAAACCCACAACUGUAACCACUACAACCAUAAAACCCACCACAACUGCUAUAUUUGAGACCACAACAGAAGGACUUACAUCUACUAAACCACCAAAAAUUGAGACAACUCUCGGGACAACAACAAUCUCAACAACUCUGGAGACUUCAAUUGCUCCAAUGACUCAAACACUGCCCGAUGUCACUGGAACACUACCAUCAACUGAAUCAACCACCUUGGGUCCAUGUUCAUGCAUAGUCAAUGGAACAAGUUAUCUUCCAGGAGUCAAAAUCCUGUGGCUCCACUCCAUCACCAACCACAGCUUCAUCCACUACUGUUGUAAGGACCACAACAAGCCCAACAACAACUAUUUACACAACAUGGUCCUCCACAACGUCUACAUCAAGCGCUCCUGUAACCACCACAUUGGAGCCAGAUUGCACCACACUUGUGCCCCCAAGAAAGGUAAGACAUAG